GAAAUACAACCCAAGGAUGGAAAGCUUGAUGAAGUGCCUUUGAAGACGCCAACGUAUACGAAUCGCCCGCUUUCUUCACUACGUGCUCCGAUUGGUCACCUGUCUCUGUUUCCACAGUGACAGCAUAGUAACAGCAUCUUAACCCCGCCCAUUUCGCCAUAUAUGGAAGGACAACGCCUUGUGUGUGAGUUGUGAUUGGUCAGCGUAUGCUAACUCCAAUGUUUGUAAAUUGUAGACAGGGGACACCGCUGUUUGGAGCUCAGCGCGCAAAUGUAUUUUUUCAUUGUUGACAAACUUUUCUCGUUUGAAUUGUAUUUAAAACUAACUGGGCUGUAGAAACAGCGGGCUGUGGAUCUUGGCGACGCUCUUGUAUCUUUCGGAACUGAAGAAGCAGGCAGGAAUCGAGGAUAAUGGUCCUGAGACAGAUGGACGCGGGGAAAGCUCUGACGGCGGCGGCAGCCAAAGGAAAAGCGGAGGAGGUUCAGAGGAUCCUGGAGGAAUGCAGAGUCCAUCCCGAUACUCUGAAUGAGUUCGGCAACACUGCCCUACAGGCGAUGAUGAUGGGAAACCCCAAAAUCGCCAGUUUGUUGCUGGAAAAAGGAGCAAACCCGAACGUUCAGAACAAACACGGCAUAGCGCCUGCCCACGACGCGGCGCGGACGGGCUUCCUCGACACCCUUCAGGUUCUGGUGGAGCACGGUGCCUCGGUGAACCUCCCGGAUCAGAACGGCGCCCUGCCCAUCCACAUCGCCAUCCGGGAAGGCCAUCGGGAAGUGGUGGAGUUCUUGGCGCCCCUGUCUGACCUGAAGCACGCCAACGUCAACGGUCAGACGGCCAUAGAUGUGGCCCGAGCCUCGUGUGUUCCGGAUAUGAUGGACUCCCUGUUUGCUCACGUUCACAGUUAGUGAGAGGAAUCUGUGUAACUCAAACCUCAGACUUUUUCUUUUUUUGUUUUGUUUUGCUUCUAUGCCUGGCAACUUGAAUACAUUGCUGUGUAAAGGAUUAUUGUGUUAUUGGUAGUUCAGCGUUAAUAUGUGACACAGGACAUAUUGUCUUGGCAGCUUAUUUUCAGUGGAUGGGUGGCUAUAUACUGUAGACACCUUUUUGCACAGUGCAGUUUAGGCACUUUAAAUUUACAUUUUUUCCUGUUUUCCCAUUGGGAGUGCACAUUUGUAGAUGGUUGUCCCCAGUGUUAUCUAAUUUUUGCAUUACUUGGACUGUGUAAGAAUUGUUGCAGUUCAUACACAUGUACGUUUCUUUUUUAAUGACAAAAAUUGACGCGGUGCACCCUGAUUGCUUUGCAUAGUUGUGUUUCUCAAUUAGAUGUAACGAGACUUUGAAAUUACUCUUUAUUUAUUGUUAAAAUAGUACUUAAUAUUCCUGUGACUUUGUAAAUAGCAACAUUUAUUGUGAUUUGUUGAAAUGUUAUUUAUACAAAUACCUUUAAGACAAAAGUGACAUUACUCACUUUAAUAUUUGCAGAAGGAAGCACAAAAUAAAGUUUUGAACUUGAA